GGAAGGGAGUUACUUAAUGGUACAUCAGUCUUGUGAAUGGUGGCUUCUAACAAGUGCUGGAGAGUGUAUGCAGCCACGCAGGAAUUGCUGGGAGUUACUUCAGUCAGAGUUGAACUUAUAUUAUGUGACAUUCAAGGUCAUCCAUUUGAAGUUUACUCUGUGAGCUCCAACUUCCCAGGAUUGUCAUCUUGGCAUCUUGCUGCCAUUCUUGAAUAUGUAGAGUCUCCUGAGGAUGUGGUUAUGCAAUUUGGAACGAAACCUUAUCAACUUUGAUGCCUUUCCAGCUUCAAUUAUGUUAUCUCUCGGGUUUUGUUUUUAUACAACAGUCUGAAGAUAAACCUCUGUGAUGAAGUUUAUUGUUGUUACCUGAUUUUGCUGCAUCAUUCAAAAACAAACAGGUUUAUCAAGU